AUGUGUUUCAUUGUUCUUAGUCACAUCGUCAAGAGGGCCACUGAUUGUCCCGAUGGUUGGACUUUGAUUAGUGGUCGCUGCUUUCGCUACGUUCCAGCAGUUAUGAACUGGGCUAAUGCUGAGAUAAACUGCUUGUACAUGGGGGCACACCUUGCAUCAGUGCACAGUUGGUGGGAGUACCAUCAGAUUCAGAGGCUGACUGCCCCUUAUGGCUACAGAGAAGCUUGGCUUGGAGGAACUGAUGCAGCCUAUGAGGGUGUUUGGUUCUGGAGUGAUGGGAGCCGUUUCGACUACAGACGCUGGUGCAGUGGAGAGCCAAAUAAUAUGUUCUUUCAGCAUUGUCUUCAGAUGAAUUAUAGAGGUCCCAAGUGCUGGGAUGAUCUGUGGUGCUCCUAUCAUCGGCCAUCUAUCUGCGCUAUGGAAAUCUGAUGAAUCUUUGACUGAGACUUUAGCAGUAAAUUCCUGCACUUAUGUGUGAUACAGUUUGUGUGUUGUUGUCUCUUACAUUAUUUUAUUUUGAAGUAUAAUAUGUUCUUCUUUGUA